AUGGAUAUUAGCGCCGCGCGGGUAACGCACUUGCGGAAAAAGAAGAAACAGGAAGUCUCCGCAUCCCGCGCGUUUUGCCCUUCUUGCAAGGACCCUGUGUCCAUUGAUAAUGAGGAUUCAUUUCGGUCUCACGUCCAAAACGAUCCACAAAAACAUGCAAAAUGGGUCACGGACGAGGAUAUUAUCGAGGCAUAUCACUUUGUAGUUCAAACGCAAACAGAACAAACACAUACAGAUCGUCCUCAGCCAGAGACUCGACCAGUCACCCACGACCAACUGGUGGCUGAAGUGAAGGGGAUAUAUGCUGGUCUUGUUAUGAUAGAAACCAAGUGCAUUGAACUGGACAAUGCUAAGCUACCCGACUCCGGUGUCCGCGAGUUGAGCAAGGAGCAGUGGCAAGCCUUGAUAAGUCUUCACCGAACACUAUUGGAGGAGACACUCCGAUCAGCCGGUCUACCGCUAUAUUGGCUUGCUUCUAAGAAUUCUAUACCCGCCCGUAUGUGGCGGCAUGAUAUCCAUUCUGUCUCUAAGCCGCUCCGACACAGACGACCAGCAUCCCUGGAUGGACCGAAGCAGAGGCACGUCCUGCCCAUAAAUCUGAAGGGCAAAACUCACCAUGCAUUAGCAGACACGAUGGCGUCUAAGAACGUCAUGUCUGAGGAACAUGCCACCUCCAUUGGCGCGGUCAUCGAUCGGGGUCCGGGGACACAGCAUACUUUUACGAAUGCUGUGGGAAAGUCUUUCCAAUCACUGGGCGAAACGACUAUAGAAGUUUCAUUCCCCGAUGAUCCUUUGAAGAAGAUCAAGCAGACAUUCGCGGUUGUGAAAAAUUGUGCGGCAGCAUUGGUUAUGGGUGAUCCUUUUUUAAGGAUGACGGAAACCCUCACGAAAUUUCGGCAUCGCCUGAAAAAGGUAGCUCCAACGGUGAAGAAGCGCUGGAGACUGUGUUAUAUGGACAUUCCUCAUCGCCAGCUAAGCUGUUCAAUCGCUGGGCAUUCUGUUUUAGCGAAUGCAGACACUGGUUCCGAAAUUGACUUACUGUCUUUGGAAUACACCAAUAUGCGCGGCUGGUCCAUCGAGAAGUUAGGACCGGAUGAUGGAUAUGUUGAGCUUGCCGACACAUCCAUUGCGAAGCUGACAGGGCAUGUUAAUGUCUGGCUGGACGUUGGUGGAAAGUCUACAUGGAGAACUUUUUACGUUCUAAACAGACUGCAGUGCGAUGUGCUACUAGGAGAUGAAACGCUCCAUAGUCUCAAUGCUUUCAGCCAGCAUGAAAGCUUAUUUGUAGAUCGGGAUUUCGUUGGGGGGCGUGCCGAAUUCCACGCAAUCAAGUGGAAGGAGAGAACGAACGAUCAUGUAAAUCAGAUCCUGGAAGACAAGCUCCCUCCAGAACUUGUGUCUGCAGCGCCCUCCCCAGAUGCGAAGAGGGGAAGCCUCUGGAAGCACCUAGUCAGUAAAGUAUCUGGCAUUUCAGCAGUAGAAGAUAUGAGAGGUGAGUAA